CCGGCCGGCGGAGGCAUCAUGGCUCCGGGAGUGGAGCUGGGUUUCGCGGCGGCGGCGGCGGCUGGGCCGGGCGGGACGUGGCGACUGCGCAGCGCCUACUUCCCCAGCAAGGUCGGGGGGCGGCCGGCGUGGCUGGGCGAGGCCGGGCUGCCGGGCCCCGCCGCCCUGCGAUGCAGCCGCUGCCAGCGGCCCUGCGCCUUCCUGCUCCAGCUCUACGCGCCGCUGCCUGGCCGCUCCGACGCCUUCCACCGCACCCUCUUCGUGUUCGCCUGCCGCGGCCCCGCCUGCUACCGCGGCUCGGGACCGCGGGGGCCCUUCCGCGUGUUCCGGAACCAGCUGCCGCGGCGGAACGACACGUACCCCGAGGAGCCGCCCCCCGAGGAGCCGCCCCCGGGCCCGGCCCCCGCGCCCCCGGUGCGGCUGAGCAGCGGCGCCGCGCUGUGCCGCGUGUGCGGCUGCCCCGGGCCGCGCUGCUGCGGCCGCUGCCGCCGCGCCGCCUACUGCGGACCCGAGCACCAGGCGCUGGACUGGCGCCGCGGGCACCGCCGCUCCUGCGGGCAGCACCCGGCCGGAGAUGACUCGGCGGAUGCAAUUCCAGAGCAUAAUGAAUUCCUUUUUCCAGAAUAUGAAAUUUUGAUAGAACCUGAGGAACCAGAAUUUCCUGAUGACAGCACUAUAGAUCCUGGUGAUGAACAAGGAGCUGUAGAGACAUCAAAGGACCUGAAAGAACAAGAGGAACUUGGAGCUACAGGCAGCGCAGGUGAAGCACUUCAGUCCUUAGAUGAAGAGACAUUGGAAGCAUUGGCAAAACGUGAGACUGAAGAAGACAAGAUCUUCCAAAUGUUUAAAGAAAAAGUAGCUGCUGAACCAGAGCAGAUUAUUAGAUACUGCAGAGGAGGAGAAGGCCCAAUCUGGGUGUCAGGUGAAAACAGGCCUGAAGAAAAAGAUAUCCCAAAUUGUUUAUGUGGUGCCAAAAGGAUUUUUGAAUUCCAGAUUAUGCCACAGCUCCUGAACUACCUUCAAGUUGACAGCCUUGGAGAGAGCAUUGACUGGGGAACGCUGGUGGUGUACACUUGUGCUGACAACUGCGGUGGGGCACACGAAUACCUGGAAGAGUUCAUAUGGAAACAAGACUAUUCCGUGGGCCAUGUUUUACCAAGUUGAGUCAUCUAAAUGGAAUACUUGCCUUAUUUCAUUGUAUCUCUGCACUGUGCAAACAGGUAGUUGAACUAGAAGUCACUGUUAACAGCGGAUCUUGUAACAGUGAUAAAACUGCUAUAACUAGACCUCGACAGCCUCUCUCCUGUGCUCCGGGGAAGCUUUUAUUUCAACCUGGUAAAUGAAGCCAGAUGUGUUUGUUCUGUGAGUUUCAUUUCAAAUCUCAUUUCUCAAUGUUUAAAUAAAGAUGAAAAGCUUUGGAUUGGUGAAAUUA